GCCUGCCGGAAGUCGGGUGGCUGACCAUGGCGACGGUGGCGGAGCAGUGGGUGCUGGUGGAGAUGGUGCAGGCGCUGUACGAGGCUCCAGCAUACCAUCUCAUUCUGGAAGGAAUCCUAAUACUUUGGAUAAUCAGACUCGUUUUCUCUAAAACUUACAAGUUGCAGGAACGUUCUGAUCUUACAGCCAAGGAGAAGGAAGAACUGAUUGAAGAGUGGCAGCCAGAGCCCCUCGUCCCUCCGGUCUCCAAGAACCAUCCUGCUCUCAAUUACAGCAUCGUCUCCGGCCCUCCAGCCCACGACAUCGUGGUGAAUGGAAAAGAGUGUGUCAACUUUGCCUCCUUUAAUUUCCUUGGCUUGCUGGCCAACCCUCGGGUUAAGGCCGCAGCUUUUUCGUCUUUAAAGAAGUACGGCGUGGGCACCUGUGGUCCUCGAGGAUUCUAUGGCACAUUUGAUGUCCAUCUGGAUUUGGAAGAGCGCCUGGCAAAAUUUAUGAAGACCGAAGAAGCCAUCAUUUACUCGUACGGCUUCUCUACCAUAGCCAGUGCGAUUCCUGCUUACUCUAAGAGAGGGGACAUUGUUUUUGUGGACAGUGCAGCCUGCUUUGCUAUCCAGAAAGGAUUACAGGCAUCUCGCAGUGACAUUAAGUUAUUUAAGCAUAAUGAUGUGGCUGACCUGGAGCGACUGCUAAAAGAACAAGAGAUUGAAGAUCAAAAGAAUCCUCGCAAGGCCCGUGUGACCCGGCGGUUCAUCGUGGUGGAAGGGCUGUACAUGAACACUGGCACCAUCUGCCCCCUUCCAGAGCUGGUUAAAUUAAAAUAUAAAUAUAAAGCAAGAAUCUUCCUGGAGGAAAGCCUGUCAUUUGGAGUCCUUGGGGAGCACGGGCGAGGAGUCACUGAGCACUAUGGGAUCAAUAUCGAUGACAUCGACCUUAUCAGUGCUAACAUGGAGAAUGCGCUCGCUUCGAUCGGGGGCUUCUGCUGUGGCCGCUCUUUCGUGGUGGACCAUCAGAGGCUUUCUGGCCAAGGCUACUGCUUUUCAGCUUCGUUACCUCCCCUGCUGGCCGCUGCUGCCAUUGAGGCUCUCAACAUCAUGGAGGAGAAUCCAGGUAUUUUUGCAGUUUUAAGGAAAAAAUGCCAGAACAUCCAUAAAUCUCUACAAGGUGUUUCUGGUUUAAAAGUGGUGGGGGAGUCCCUUUGCCCAGCGCUUCACCUGCAGCUGGAAGAGAGCACAGGCUCUCGGGAGGAAGAUGUGAAGCUGCUUCAGGAAAUCGUAGAUCAAUGCAUGAAUAAGGGCAUCGCAUUGACUCAGGCACGCUACUUGGACAAGGAAGAGAAGUGCCUUCCUCCUCCAAGCAUCAGGGUUGUGGUCACCGUGGAGCACACAGAGGAAGAGCUGCAGAAGGCUGCAUCCACCAUCAGGGAGGCCGCCCAGGCUGUGCUGUUGUAGGCUACUGCCCAGUGCUUCCUGCCAUGUCACCUGCAGACAGAACUACUCAGAGACCUCCAGCUGGCCCGGUUAUGGCUGUGCUUGAAUACACAGCCAGAAUAGAUGGUUGGAUCCAGCAGGAGCUGACUUGUAGAGGAUGGCAGAUGACAGCAUAUCACUGGUGUCUAUGUGGUGCCGUGUGCUCUGUCAGGAUGCUUCACUCUCUUGUCAUUUAUCUUCGCUUUUGUUUAAAACUGGAACUUCAGUUUUCCCUCUCCCGUCUGUGGGAAUGAUUCAAUAAGCACUCCUCCAUAUUCCAUAGAAAAGGACUUUGCAGCUAAAAGGAACUCUCCAUGGACCACACUUACUGUGGGAGACUGACAGACUGUCUUCCCAGGUCCUUCAGGUAGAGCUCAGUGGUGGCUGCUAUGCAGAGAACUCUCUGUGUGCUAUAAACAUCAUAUAACGUGGUGAUCCUAGGACUCUGUGCUGCUGAUGCUGACACUGUCAUGUCUAAUCUGACCUUCACUAACAGAUAUUCAUACCACUUCCUAAGCAAUAAUCUGAACCAAACAUUAUUUUAUUUUUGUGUAAUUGACUUUAUAUUUUUUAUAUAUUCUCUAAUCAGUUUUGGGAAGAGGGUUAUUAUUCUGAUCCCCAAAUACAAAUCAUGCCCUUAGUACUUUUUAAUAUGUCCAAUGUCCUUUUUCAUGGUGGUUUGUCCAGAAACAUAGAACUGUGGGCUUUUUCUAAGCUGAGAAAAAUGCGAACUUUCUUCUUUCAUUCUAUAAAUUCCAGAUGCCUCUGAACAAUAGGAAUGCUCUAAAAGUGAUUUCUGAGCUGUACACUGGCUGCUGCCAUCCAUAGCGAGCGUGUUGAGUGGUGUAAAGGCUUGUGAUGUGUGCCACGGAUCGUGUACAUGGAAGGCCGUUAUUCCUUCUCUUGUUGAACAGGCAUUUAAAUGUCGUUUUCUGAUAUGCACUCAUGUUAACCGUGGAUCGGCAUCUUUUUAAGUGAUCUGUGACAUUUUUAAUGUUUCUAUUUCAUACGUGCCUUGUGAUUGCUGCUGCUGUGAGGGUACGCUCCUGUUGGGGAAAGUCUGUUUUGGUUUGGUUUUUAAUGAAAUAAACCUCCAAGAGCUUACAUUCCUGAAAAGGAGUCUGUUUGGAUAGCAA